AUGACAUUCGGUAUUCGUAAUAUCGUUGGAAUUCAUCGUCUUCAUGCAGGAGAAAGAGAUUAUUCAACUCCCUUAAUAUUUAAAACAUAUUUGCAAUGGUCUUAUUGGAAACAAAAAGCCUUUGAUUAUCUCAUUUGGUGCCAUUUAGCUCAUGCCCUUGAUUUUAGUGUCGCACUAUUAUGUUGGCUUUGGAUAUUUCCAAUAACAUUUACUGAAGCCAAUGAAUGGCAUAUAAAAUGGGUAUCACGAGUUUUUCUUUAUAAUAUAGCCUGUGAAUUUAUUUUUUACUCAUUUUGGCAUUGGAUGACUUAUGGACGUACGAGUCCAUAUCCUAAAGGACCAUUACAUGGAAAAAAAUAUAAUUCAAUUAAUCAAUAUGAAGAAGAAAGUCAACAUCAUCUAUUAAGAGAAGUCACAUUUACAACACUUGGUUGGCUACAAUCAGCUUUCGUGCAAUGUAUUUUUAUGUGGCUAUGGGCUAGUGGUCGAUUGCCGUAUUAUAGUGAUUUUUGGUCUCGACCAUACUUUUCAAUGUUUAUUCUUUUAAGUGUUACCUUUUGGAGAGAAUUUCAUUUCUACUGGGUUCACCGUUUUAUGCAUCCAUGGCGGUCUGUUCAAAAUGGACUAUACCAAGGUGAUAUUGGCGCAUUUCUUUAUCGUCACUUCCAUAGUCUGCACCAUCAAAGUCGUAAUCCUGGUCCUUGGUCAGGAUUAUCAAUGCAUCCCAUUGAACAUUUCGUUUAUUAUACAUGUGCUUAUUUUCCGCUUCUUUUUUCAUGUCAUCCACUUCAUUUUCUAUAUGCAAAAUUUCAUGCUGAUAUAGCACCAAUUGGAGGCCAUGAUGGUUAUGCUGAUCCAGCUGGUGGUGCAGACUUUCACUAUUUACAUCAUGCAUUUUUUGAAUGUAACUAUGGAGUACCGCUAAUUGAUUUUGAUCGUCUCUUUGGUACGUACAAACAAUUUGUGAAAAAAUCUUCGAUGAAUGAUCAACAAACAAAUAAAUUACUGUAG